UGCCAUAUAUGGUACAAGGUUACUUUCAACUAUCCAAGUUUAUUACAGGUUUAAAGGUAAGAACACACCUUUGACUUACACUUGGAGGCCACUAGGCAGCCAAUGGAACUGGACCUCAUUAAGACUUGAGUGUAGACUUUCAUCGUAAUUAUUGCAAUCAUCUUCUCUUAACUUGCUGUAUUGUACAAAUAUACUAAGGGUAUUUUUUGAACGGUUACUGUUUUUAGGCCACCUAAACUUUGUGAAAUCUCAUAUUUCAAUGAGAGAGAGCAAGAGUGUUUAGUCCAAUGUAGUGUUCUUGAACUUGGUGCUCACCAGAUUAGAUGGAUUCCAAUUCCCAAAAUCCCCAGCCAACAUGAAGGAUGGGAGGAUCAGGAAGUCUGGUGUUUUUCUAGCAUUUCAUUAUAACAAAGCACCUGAACACUUAAGAAGCCAAGGUCAUAUGAGUUAAGGUGCUGUAGGAAACCUCACAUCAAACAAGCACGAUACAAAAUUAGGUAUGUUCCUGAGCCGAUGAUUUGGCGCUAAGCUUCAGAUUCUUAAAUAGUUUGCUAAACCAGUUCUAUAACAACAUACCCAACAAUAAUAAUAAUAAAAGAAGCAACUCUUUUGCUUGACCUUCUCCUGCCCACCAUUCACUAUUGCAGAAAAAAAAUGAAUGAAAGAUGUGUGAAGUACCAAGUACAAAUGCUUGACAUUUAGUUACCUUUUGUUGUCUUCUUGGGUUUUUCUUCCCCCUGUGGCUACAGAUUGUUCCCAUGUCUCCUGGGUAUUAGCUACCCUUUUGUCAAGGAGUAUCUGACAUUAAUUUUGCUGCUUUGAUCACUGAGGCGAGUAGACGACUAUAUAUCUAAUUUCCACAUAUCAAGCUUGGCAUAAAUCCUUGCCUGGAAAACAACACCUUGUGGGGGGAGUGGGUGGAAAGGACAAAACAACCCAAACCAAAACAAUCAUGAUCAUCUGAACUUGCGUACUUUACCAUCAUCCGCUAUUUAAAAGUGAGAGUGCCAAAGCAAGCCUUUGAUAACGCUUGGGUGACUGAAGCAAGUGACAAAAGAUCUGCUAACAUGGUAAGGAACUAUAUGUAUAUGCACGAGGCAUGAUUUGAAAUAUGUUACAGUGUUUUAUUGGAAUAAUGAAAGAAAAAUAAAUGAUGUUUCUCUUGCAGAAAGUUACAGCUACAUUAGUUUGUGCUUUUACCAUCAUGAUGCUCUUCUUGGUGGUUGAAACGUUUCGUGCUCCGAAGCGCAAGCUCAUAGCUAGAAAUUGGGGCCCACAAUCAAUGCUAUACCUGAAAGGACGAUAUGGUAGAAGAUAUGUUGCUUCUGACAAUGAGGAAGAGUGCUACUUGAAUGACCAGAAUGCAGUUCUGAAAAGUUACAAACGUUCUGCACCACUGAACUUGCCAAACUUCUGAAGAGUGACAGCUCCAGAUUUUGUCUACGUGGACUAAUUGUUUUACUCACUCUUCACAAUAUUCCAAAAUUCCAACUAUUGUAAAUAAUUUUAAAGAUCGUAUCUUUUUCUCAUUGUGCUCCUGUGACAUGCUAUAUUUUGGAGAGUAAUUCAAGUCAAUCUGUUUGGAUAAGCAUUACUAUGUCAAUCUAUUAAAGGUGGAAAUUGUUGCAUGUUAUGCAAUUUGUCACAUUAACACUAAUAAUCUUUAUUGAGUAUUUUGUAGACCUGGGCAGUUUGUUGUGAAGUAUCAGUGGCCAUUAAUUUUCAUUAUGAUAAAUGCAGGUAUGUUUUAGCUUCAGUUGAGAUACAAGUUUUU